AUGGACAGUCUAAACCAAACAAGAGUGACUGAAUUUGUCUUCUUGGGACUCACUGAUAACUGGGUGCUGGAGAUGCUGUUUUUCAUGGCAUUCUCAGCCAUUUAUGUGCUAACGCUUUCGGGGAACAUUCUCAUCAUCAUUGCCACAGUCUUUACUCCGCGUCUCCAUACCCCUAUGUAUUUCUUCCUGAGCAAUCUUUCCUUUAUUGAUAUCUGCCACUCAUCUGUCACUGUGCCUAAGAUGUUGGAGGGUUUGCUUUUAGAGAGAAAGACCAUUUCCUUUGACAACUGCAUCACACAGCUCUUCUUCCUACAUCUCUUUGCCUGUGCUGAGAUCUUUCUGCUGAUCAUUAUGGCGUACGAUUGUUACGUGGCUAUCUGCACUCCACUCCACUACCCCAAUGUGAUGAACAUGAGAGUCUGUAUACAGCUUGUCUUUGUUCUCUGGUUGGGGGGUACUGUUCACUCACUAGGGCAGACCUUCUUGACUAUUCGUCUACCUUACUGUGGCCCCAACACUAUUGACAGCUACUUCUGUGAUGUGCCUCUUGUUAUCAAGCUGGCCUGCACAGAUACAUACCUCACGGGAAUACUGAUUGUGUCCAAUAGUGGAACCAUCUCCCUCUCCUGUUUCUUGGCUGUGGUCACCUCCUAUACGGUCAUCCUGGUUUCUCUUCGAAAACACUCAGCUGAAGGGCGCCAGAAAGCCCUGUCUACCUGCUCGGCCCACUUCAUGGUGGUUGCCCUCUUCUUUGGGCCAUGUAUCUUCAUCUAUACUCGGCCAGACACCAGCUUCUCCAUUGACAAGGUGGUGUCUGUCUUCUACACAGUGGUCACCCCUUUGCUGAAUCCCUUCAUUUACACCUUGAGGAAUGAGGAGGUAAACAGUGCCAUGAAGCAGCUCAGGCAGAAACGAGUUUUUUUUACGAAAUCAUAUACAUAA